AUGGCGGUCCCAGCACCUAUGGUAGCCGAACGAAUGAAUAACCCGAAGAAUCCUGUCGUCUUUUUCGACAUUUCUAUUGGGGGUCAGGACAUUGGCCGAAUUCAGCUCGAGCUCUUUGCAGAUGUGACGCCUAAAACAGCGGAGAAUUUUCGCCAACUCUGCACGGGUGAGUAUCGCAAGGAUGGUGUACCCACGGGCUACAAAGGCUGCACUUUCCAUCGCAUAAUCAAGGAUUUUAUGGUCCAAGGUGGCGAUUUUGUCAAUGGAGAUGGAACUGGUUCCUGCAGUAUUUAUGGUGGCUCCAAGUUCUCCGACGAGAAUUUCAUAAUGAAACACUCUUCACCAGGGAUGCUUUCAAUGGCAAAUAGCGGAAAAGACACAAAUGGUUGUCAGUUUUUCAUCACCUGUGCUCCUUGUGACUUUUUGGACGGGAAGCAUGUUGUAUUUGGUCAAGUUGUGGACGGUAUGUUGGUGCUCAAGAAGAUUGAAAAUGUCCCCACGGGGCCUCACAACCGUCCCAAGGUCCCAGUUGUUAUUACUCAAUGUGGGGAGAUGUAG